UGCUUUUGGCAAACAAUGGCGAGAAGGGAUUCAAAACGACGAGUGCUGGAUACGUGGAUUUCUUUUUGUCUGUCCUUGGUGAUUGUGACUUAUAUAGAAGGAACAUCUGCUCAGAUUCGGUAUUCGAUUCAAGAGGAAUCAAAACUGGGAAGCCCUGUUGGAAAUGUAGCUAAAGACAUUGGAUUAGAGCUCGGCAGACUGGCGGACAGGAAUCUUCGUGUUGUGUCGGGAACAAAGCAGGACCUGUUCAAGGUAAACCCGAGAGAUGGAGUUCUGUUCGUGAACCAGAGACUGGACAGAGAGGAGCUGUGUGCAAAAACUGCUCCGUGCAUCACAAAUCUGAAAGCAGUUGUAGAGAAUCCUCUCGAAAUGCACCAAGUAAUAAUAGAGAUACUGGAUAUAAAUGACAAUUCGCCGAAAUUUCCUGAAGAAAAUUACACAUUAGAAGUGCUGGAGUCCGCCAUAGUUGGAUCUCGAUUUCAAAUGGAAGGAGCACACGACCUGGAUGUUGGCUUAAAUUCAUUACAGUCAUAUAAGCUAAACCAUAACCAGUAUUUCCGCCUGGAGAUGGAGGAAUUUGGGGAGGAAGGCAAGGUUCCAUUUCUAAUUUUACAGAGACCUUUGGAUAGAGAGCAUGAAGAUCAACAUUGGUUGCUACUAACAGCAAUUGACGGAGGUAAACCAUUUAAAACUGGUACCGUAAAUAUCACAGUUAUUGUAUCUGAUGUAAAUGACAACUCACCAGUGUGUGGCAAACAGAAAUACACAGUUACAGUGAAGGAAAACGCGCCUACAGGAACAUUUCUGCUGACAGUAAAUGCAUCCGACUCUGAUGAGGGCCUGAAUGGUGAGAUAGAGUAUUCAUUACGGAGUAAACUCAGAGGACUUUCAGCUGAGCCCUUUGAUUUGGAUAGCAGAACUGGCAGACUAACGGUGAAAGGAAGUCUUGAUUAUGAGGAAAAGCAGGUCUAUGAGAUUAAGGUGCUGGCUGCUGAUAAAGGUGCCGUGUCUCUCUCCACACACUGUAACGUGGUUGUCAGAGUGGAGGACGUGAACGAUAACCAGCCUGAAAUAGACAUCACAUCUCUCUCAAGUCGCAUCCCAGAGGAUGCUCCUCCUGGCACCGUGGUGGCGUUGAUGGGUGUUACGGACCUUGACUCAGGUGUGAACGGACAGGUGGUCUGCAGUGUGCCUGCCCAUUUACCCUUUGACUUAAAGCCAUCUCCGGACGGACAGUCAUUCUCUUUGGUCACGAAGGACUACCUAGAUAAGGAAGCAACACCUAUGUAUGAUAUUGAAAUAACAGCUAAGGACCUCGGAAGCCCCUCCCUGUCGUCAACGAAGGUGAUACAGGUAGAUGUCAUAGAUGUUAAUGACAACAGUCCUGUGUUCACUCAAAGCCCGUACACUUUUUAUGUGCUUGAAAACAACAAAGCUGGUUUGCCCUUGUUUUCAGUUAGCGCAUCUGAUGCUGAUGGAGGGCAAAAUGCGGCAGUCACAUAUUCAAUUGAAAGAAGGAGUCCUGGGCCUUCUGUAACCUCAUUUUUAAAUAUAAAUGAAGGCAACGGCACAAUUUCAGCGCUGAAAAGUUUCGACUUUGAAACAGUGAAAACGUUCACGUUCACUGUUGUGGCCACAGAUUCUGGAACUCCGUCACUCAGCAACAACGUCACAGUCAACGUCUUCAUUCUGGAUCAGAACGACAACGCUCCAGUCAUCCUCUAUCCACUCAGCUCCAACGGCUCUGCUGAAGGUGUGGAGGAGAUUCCACGCAAUGUCAACGCAGGACACUUGGUCACCAAAGUCAGAGCCUAUGACGCUGAUAUAGGAUAUAACGGCUGGUUGCUCUUCUCACUGCAACAAGUCACUGAGCACAGUCUCUUUGCUCUGGACCGAUACACAGGACAGAUCAGAACACUUCGCUCAUUCACAGAGACAGACGAGGCUGAGCAUAAACUCAUCAUACUGGUCAAAGACAAUGGCAACGUUUCCCUCUCUGCAACAGCUACUGUCAUUGUCAAAGUGGUGGAGCCCAAAGAAGCUUUCGCUGCGUCUGACGUCAAAAGUGCAACAAACGAUGAUGAGGACAAUAAUGUGACUUUUUAUCUCAUGAUCACUCUGGCCUCAGUGUCUGCACUCUUCAUCAUCAGCAUCAUCGUGCUGAUUGCAAUGCAGUGCUCCAAAUCCACUGACUAUACUUCCAAAUAUCUCCAAGAGACCAAUUAUGACGGGACACUGUGUCACAGCAUCCAGUACAGAUCUGGAGACAAACGCUACAUGUUGGUGGGACCCAGAAUGAGUAUAGGAUCUACUAUAGUCCCGGGCAGCCAUGCCAACACACUAGUGCUCCCUGACAGGAGGAGGGGCUCCACUGAGGUAAGCAUCUAUCAAAUCUUAUUGACUUUUUAUCUCAGUGACAUACAAUGUGCUUGUUUCUAUAGGGACAGAUGUGAAAUUUAA